ACACACACCAACACUUUAUUUCUUUCAUACGUCAAACGAGCGUUUGUCAAAGAGCUUCUAAAUUGUUUUGGAAACUUUCCAAACUUUGCUACUGCGCGAGAAAGCAGCUCGUCCGGUUCGGUUGUCGCGUUAUUUUGCGUGUGCGUUCAGAGGAUGUCGAAGAAACCAACGACGGGCCCGGCCCUGCAUAAGGUCAUCAUGGUCGGCAGCGGCGGUGUAGGCAAAUCCGCCCUAACGCUACAGUUCAUGUACGACGAGUUCGUGGAGGACUAUGAACCAACGAAAGCAGACAGCUACCGUAAAAAGGUGGUACUGGACGGUGAGGAGGUCCAAAUCGAUAUACUCGAUACGGCGGGCCAGGAAGACUAUGCCGCCAUCCGGGACAACUACUUCCGCAGCGGCGAAGGCUUCCUGUGUGUGUUUUCCAUCACGGAAGACGACAGCUUUCAGGCGACUCAGGAAUUCCGGGAACAAAUAUUACGCGUGAAGAACGAUGAAAAUAUUCCAUUUCUGCUGGUGGGCAAUAAAUGCGAUCUGAAUGAUAAACGGAAGGUACCGCUAGCGGAAUGUCAAUCCCGUGCCCAACAGUGGGGUGUGCCAUACGUUGAAACAUCGGCUAAAACACGCGAAAAUGUGGACAAGGUGUUCUUUGACCUGAUGCGCCAGAUACGGUCACGCAAGACGGAAGAUUCCAAAACCACCAACGGUCGCGUUAAGGACAAAUCCAAACGGCGAAAAAUCAAAUGCAUGCCAUUAUAGAGCGGUUGGCAGGGAUUCUUCCCGCUCGGUGGUGGCUGCCGUGUCUACACUACCACGACUACUACCUACUACUACUACUACUGCUAGCAACAAGUGGGCAACAAAUACUCACGUAUUCUUCAGGAAUCAUACGAAACAAACUAAACACGACCGGACGACCGGAAUGGGAGAAUGGGAGAGGGGGCCCGGCGAACGAACGCGCGAGUCGGCUGGCUUAUUUGUGUUUCGCGUAAAUCCGAUCGUUUUGUUGGGGAGCAGAUUUUUGAGAGAAACUCAUCUUCACCGCGGCACAGCUAAAACACAAAGCAAAGCAAACACAACAGCACACGUAAACAUCGCUAUUUAGUAACCAUUAUUACUUUAAGGGUAAGGAAAAGGGAAAUAAGUUCCGAGGGCGAAAAGGCCCGGUUUAGAUAGGAUAGGAAUCCAGAAAUCGGGAAUAUCAUCAGAUGUGGGAGAGAACGAUAUUGGUGCUCCCAUGGGUGCUGGGGGAAGCUCAGGUGUGUCCGCUGUGUCCUAUCCGUAAAGCGUAAGGUUUUUUUUUCUUCCCGUUUUCCCGUAAGCUUAGUUAUAGAAUGUAAUUUCUCCACGCAACGAACUGCUCGUAGGCUAUUACACCAAUGAGCAAGAUGUGCGUUUUUGUUUUUAAUUGUGUGUUCCCUUCAGUGUAAGGCGUCGAGGUUUGCCCAUUAACGACCGCAAGAUAAAGUAGAACCCCACACAAGCGGAAGCGGAACCGAAUGUCUAACAACAACGUGUUUUAUGUAGUGCUCGUGCUCAUUUAUCCAAAUACGCGCCAAAUGUGAUGAGCUGUGUCGAUCUGCGUCUCUCUCUCUCUCUAUCUCUCUCUUGCUGUGAUGCUUUCCCUUUGGUGUACGCUAACGGUUCGUUUCUUUGCCUGUACAGAUUCCCAACCCUGCAGCAUAGAAUCGUUUAAUUCGCAUUCAUGUAACUGGGGGGUGGGGAGGUCGAAACUCAUCUAUUCGCUUCCCGCACAAGCACACACAAAACCGCAACACGCUCAUUCUCACACGCUUUUGCUUCGUAACUUGGGAAAGGGAAAUACGGUUUGAGUUACAGUGGCUUUCGUGCGAAACGGGACACCUUUGAUACUUUGUGGAUUUUUUGCGGAUAUCAGGAAUGGUAACAAUGAGGCAAGUAGCUCUUUUUUAAAAAAAGGAGAGGACAACUGCUCACUAACAUGUUAAGGGGUGAGGCCUCCCGGUAGCUAGCCCCGCACUCGCUGAGGGCGAAGAGGUCGACCUUUUUGAAAUCGAAGAGCGCGCUCAGAGCCCUCAUUUUAUUGAGGCCAGGUGCUCCCGGUAGCUCUCGAGCUCACUAACCAACACUAGUAACAACGGACUGUGAAUCUUUUUGCUGAAAAUUACAAUUCAACAACUACUCUUUCACUUACGCAGUUACUACAACUACAGAGGGUCUUCCCUGGCUUUAUUGAGUUUUCCUUAGUUGGAUUCCUCAGUGGUCGCCAGUAGCCCUAUCGCUCCAGUGAUCCCAACGUCCAACAGCCAAGUAACCUCGUCGUCCAAAGGAACAUUUCCCGUAAGAGCUCCUGUUGUUUCAGACGCCUCAAUCAUUUUUUCCCCGAGAGUCAUUCUCAUGUUUAAUACGGCACGUGGCGUAUCGUUUACUAAUUAUUUACGAACAGUAAAUUAAAUAUAAAAUUUAAAAACAUGAUCAAUUUGAGAUUAUUUUUAUAGGACAAGGUUCAUGGGGUCGAGGCGACAAGGCAGGACCGAUGUUCAAAUCCCAUCUAAACCGCC